UAUAUGAAUAAUAAUACAUAUAGAGGAUUUAAUUUAAUCAAUAAAGAAUAGAAAGAAUGCAUUUAUAAGAAUGGGAUUAUUACAUGAAAAGUAGAUCUGUGAAAUUUUACAAUAAUCAUAUUUAAAAUAGAGAAGCUUUUUUAAAAUUUGUUGAUGAUGGCUAAAAAGGAAAACAUUUUUAAAAUUUAAUUUAACUUUUUGGUCCAUUUUUAUCUUAUUGUUUUAGUAAAAUAAUUGCUUGUAUUGUAGAACAGAUUUUAAGGUAAAAAAAUGACGGAAAUUUAUAGGAAAUACAAGAAUCUUUAAAUGAGGUUGAUGUUUAAGUUUUUGGAAAUUAAAUUAUUGAUAAAUAUAUUAAUAGGGCUAAAAAAUAUGCUUUUACAAAGGAAAAAUUAAUUAAAUAAGCUUUUGGAAUUUUUCAAUAGGAUUUUUUUUAGGAAAACUAUAAUAAAGUCAUUAAUAUUUAAUGCAAAAGUAAAGAUUUGAAAAAUUA